AUGAAACAAAAGAAUCAAUCUACGAAUAAUGAUGAUACCACCAACAAGUCCAAGUCAGCAAAUUCAAAAUUUUGGUUCAAAUCCUUGAUCCUUACCAUUUCCAUCCUUGUCUUAAUCAACACGGAAGUGAAAUCAGAGAUUUACAAAACAUUACAUCCACACAUAAGGCCGUAUCUACCAAGAAUACGAAACUUUUUACUGCACUAUUCUCAAACCAAUAUUUCCGAUGUAUUGUUUCAUUCAGACCAAUUUUCUCUCACUCAACAAUUAGAAUAUUUACUAUUUCAUUAUUUGGCGAUCGUUGUUCAACUUGCAGAAGGAUUGUAUCGUUUCUCACGGGUUGCUAGUGUAGGAGUAUCUUGUUUAUGGGACUAUUACAAGCAUUACAAUUCAAAGGAAUGGAAGGAACAAGUGACCAAAGAUGAACAACGACUGGCAAUGCUUGUAAAUACGAAUGAGAAUGAAAAAAACAUAUAUCACACAAAUUCGAGCGUGGACGGAAAUACCACCUCAUUUCCAAUAGAAACCAACGAUGAAACAACAUCCAUCAUUUAUCAAACACACAAGAGAAACGCUGAAAAGUUUUUAUCACUCUUUAUUGAAUUGGGUGGCAUCUUUGUGAAAAUUGGACAAUACAUGAGUUCAAUGACCAAUUUUCUUCCUGAUGCUUGGACUGACACUCUGAAAGUAUUGCAAGAUCAGGUUCCUUGUGAAGCAACAAUGGAAGAAAUCAAAUUAAUGUUUCAUGACGAAGAAUUGUUGAGUUGUGGCAAGAGUUUUGAUGAACUAUUUGAACAUUUCGAAGCACAUCCAAUUGCAGCUGCUAGUUUAGCUCAAGUUCACAGAGCCAAACUUCGGAAAGGAGCCGUUUCUGAAUUGGAGGGAACUAGUUUAGAUGGUGCUGAAGUUGCUGUCAAAGUUCAGUACCCAUCCAUUUCAUACUAUUACAAGGGCGACAUGAUAGCAAAAGGGGUUGCCUUAUCCAUCAUUCACUUCUUCUUUCCACACUAUAAUAUUUCAUGGAUGGGUUCCAUGUUGGACGAGACACUAAAUCAAGAAUUGGAUUUUAGAAUUGAGAAACAUAAUGCUGAGAAGAUUACUUUAUUGUUUGCUCGAGAAGAAGAAGGUAUGAAACAACAGCUUUACAUUCCAAAAGUAAUUUCCUCAUUAUCAUCAAAACGCCUUCUCACCAUGGAGUUUAUUAAUGGUGUGAAAAUAAGUAACACUGAAGCUUUGAGACAACGCUUUGGUGAACGUGGAAUCACAGAAGCCGCUUCUAUCACCUUUCAUGUAUUUGCUAAAAUGAUUUUCUUGCAUUCAUUCCUACACACGGAUCCACAUCCUGGAAAUAUUCUCAUUCGAGCACAUCCUUCGCACAAGAAUAGAGUUCAGGUUGUACUUUUAGAUCAUGGACUUUAUCAGCACCUUUCUCAUGAUUUUACGAUUAAUUUUGCCAAGUUUUGGAGAGCAUUGGUGUUGAACGAUAAUGUUUUUGUGAAAACAUACUGUCAAGAUCUUGGAAUUGAGGAUUAUCAACUUUAUGCUUCCAUCAUUUUGAUGAGAGGCUAUGAUGACAAGACCGGUGUUGGACUAUUUACUCAUGGAACGAAAGCAGAAUUUGAGCGUUUUUUUAAAGGAAUUAUUGAACAUAGAAUGGACAAAUUUCAACAAAUGAUUCGUAACAUGCCAUCAGAAAUGUUAUUAAUUAUGAGAACAAAUAAUUUACUAAGAUAUGUCAAUCAAUCGAUGGGAGUUCCAGUGAACAGAUAUGUCAUUUACGCAAGAGUGGCUACGGUUGGUAUUUAUAAUAAGGAGCACAAAGAAAUUGCAGUCCUCGCCUCCAACUCUUCAAGUUUUUCUCUUUGGAGAUACUUGAAGCAAAAAUCUUUGGAAAAAGCAGAUCAAAUUUAUUUUGAGACACUAUUGGCUAUUUAUCAAAUGAAGCAAUGUCUAUGGAAUUGGUACUACCGACAGUUGAUACUUCUCGGUCUCAUGAAACCUAUUCGAUUGAGUGUUGAUAAGAACGACUUGGAUGUGGUGUUGGCAGCUUAA